AUGCCUUUCAGACCAAUGUGGACGAGCUGGUUUGGUGGCUUCGCCGAACCGUCCGACUAUGCCACCGCCGAAAUGCCUGACAUUAAUGUUCAGGCAGUCAUUGUCUCAGCCAUCUUUGUCAUCCCAUAUUUGGCUUUUCUGGUAAUUCUACCUGGAGUUCGAGAGAAGCGCUUAGUGACAUUGGCUGUCAUUACGGUAGUAACAUUGACAGGUGCAAUUCUAGCAGAAAGAGUUGUAACUCACUGGCUUUCAGCCUCAUUGUGUCUUCCGGGCUGGACCGGAGGCUCUGCCAGGAUACUCUCUCAACUAAGGUCCCAUGUAAACGAAAGAAUGCGGGCUCGCGUGGGUGUAAAUGUUGGUCUCAGAAGCAUCAACAUCACGCUACGAUUUGAAGAAAUGGUGGAACUGGACAAGCAAGGGUCACGGAUAGACAUGAGCCGACUUUACUACAAUGAAAACUUCGACAUCUCUGGAGGUUUACGACUUUCUCUUGAAAAAUCGCUUGUCGUCUAUGACCGGCGAAAGUUGGCAGAUCGCCUACCAAACGGACGGACUGCCGUACCCGAUCUGAGCAUACUUGAAUACUUCUCACUCAACCAGGAUGCCUUCGAUUGGGGAAGGCAUUACCGAACAGCCGGUCACUACACUUAUUCUGCCAUCAGGUACUUUGCUUUUCUUAUUCUUCUUUUUACAGUGCAUGGAGAGAUCCCUCUGUCUCAGAGUUUUGCGCUGUCAUGUUGGGCGCUCGCCGUCGUGUUCCUCCUGCUUGUGCCGCACCACUUCGGCAUGGCUAUGUUGGCCACAGGGCUGUCGGCUCUGUUUGCCUGUCUACUAUAUCUGAUCAUGUCUCCAUGUGAACUACAAAUUGGUUUUGUUGGAACACAGGGCAAUCGUAUUCUCAUGAAAAUGAGUUUCCAAUGGGCUUUCUACUGCGUUUGUGCCGUGGGGCUACUCGCAACGUUUGUUGGUGUGGGCCUUAUUCUUCUCCAACACUAUCGUGUCUACACUCUCUCGACAUUCUUGGACGCUCGUUUGGACGAGGCAGUCAAUCCCAGCAAGAACAAGCAACUUGACUCUGAACAGGAUCUUCCAAACAGUUUACAGGUGAUGCGUCGCACGAAGGGCUCGGCUCCGGGCUCUGUUGCGAGCGAGAAAAAAGCCUCUUCAAGUGGAUUCCAGUCCAGAACUAGUUACACUGGGUCGAUGAGGAGCCAAUCCUCAUUUGAGUCAGUACACGGCGAUCUGCAACGAUCGCCGUCCAAUCUGACGAUUGAUGACGACCGCCAACCGUCCCGACGCCAUCGAGAGUCCGACAUUUCGGUUACAGUCCAGCACUUCUGA